AUGAAUAAUAAUACAAAUCUAAAUAUUAGUAAUAACACAAAUAAUAAUAUAGAAAAUAAUAAUAACAUAUAUAAUAUAAAUAUUAUAAAUAAUAUACUAUUUUAUAAAAUAUGGAGAAAUAUUAUUUUAAAAAAAAAGAUAUUUAAUCAUAUUAAAAAAUUUAAUAGCAACUAUUCAGUCAGUUUUAGUUCAAGAGAUCAAUUAUUAAACUAUAAAGAAAGAGAAUAUAUACAAUGCUUAGAAAUCCUAAUUGAUAUACCAUUAGAGGCAGGUGAUAUACCUUACGGUGUUCAUACAUUAUCUUUUGGGGACGCCUAUGACUUUCCAUUAUCAAAUGUUAUUCCUCAUUCAGUAACCUCAUUAAAACUAGGAUACUUAUUCCAACAUAGCAUAAAAGAUGGAGAACUCCCCGAUUCUUUAAAGGAUAUAACAUUUGGUGAAAAUUUCAACCAACAAUUAAUUCCACUACCUAAAAAUUGCGAAAAUGUAACAUUUGGAUGGUCAUUCAACAAGCCAUUAUCGAUAAAUGGUGAAACAUGUAUUUCAUCCUCGGUUAAAAAGAUUCAUUUUGGAAACUUAUUCAAUCAAAAAAUAUGCCCUGGUGAUUUGCAAAAUGUAGAAGUUUUAGAGUUUGAAAAGAACUAUAAUCAGCCAUUGGUAAGCGGAUGCUUACCCCCAACUUUAGUGUCAUUAUCUUUUUAUGGGCAUUUUAAUCAAGCUUUAACUCUUGGUUCUUUGCCAACUGGUUUUUUAACAAAAAUAAUAUUUUCAAAUUCAUUCAAUCAACCAAUUGAAAGUGGUGUAAUUCCUCAAACAGUUAAACAUAUUACAUUCGGAAAAGAUUUCAAUCAAACCAUUGCAAACUCAGGUAUACCAAAAUCAAUUGUGACAUUGAAUCUAGGUUCAAAUUUUAAUAACGUUUUAGAUAUAGGUGAAUUUUCUUCAUUAACUGAGUUAAAAAUUAGUGAUAGAUAUGAUCAGCCCCUGUUGGAUAAUUGGUGGAAAUCAAAGACCAGUGGUUCUGUCUGUUUAUUAAAAAAAUUAGAAUUUGGGUAUGACUUUAACCAGUAUCUUAGACCUUUCAAGAGCAUUCCACCUACAGUAGAGACAUUAAUAUUUGGUCAUAGUUUCAAUGAACCAUUGGAUUAUGGAAGCAUCCCACCAUCAGUAACUUGUUUAUCUCUAAAAGAAUCUAUUGAUUAUAAUAUUAUUUUUGAACCAGACAUAUCCUUGCCAAACUCUAUACUCUCUCUCCAAUUAGGUUAUUAUUAUAAUCAACCUUUUCAACCCAAGUCUUUGCCAGAUUCACUCACUAGUCUCACUCUCGGUAGCUCCUUUAACCAUUCAUUGGGUGUUGGUUGCUUGCCCCCAUCUUUGACCAGUAUAUCCUUUGGCUUAAUUUACAACAAACCAUUUUUUCCCAAUAGUUUACCAUCAUCUUUGAAAACUCUUCAUCUGGGAUAUUCUUUUAAUCAGCCUCUAGAAAACCUACCAAUAUCAUUAACAAAACUUAUUUUAGGAGCAGAAUUUAAUCAACCUUUACGAAUUCAAUCACUUACUGCACUUAAGACACUUUUAUUGGGUAGAGAUUAUAAUUUACCUUUUGAUCAAGAAUCACUUCCACAAUCUUUAGAAACUAUAGAGUUUGGAUUCUUUUUUAAUCAAAAACUAUCAAAUCUUCCUCUUUCAAUCAAAAAAAUUGUUUUUUCAAGAGAUUUCAAUAUACCAAUCGAUCAAAGCUUAGCACAUUUACCCUUAUUAGAAGUAUUAGAAUUUGGUAGAAAAUUUAAUCAAAAUAUCUUUCCUGAUACUUUUCCAAAGAGUUUAAAAACCCUCAUUUUUGGAACUGAAUUUAAUAAACCAAUAGAAAACUGUAUACCAACAUCGGUUACAUCUAUUACAUUUGGUUUAGAAUUCAAACAACCAAUCGAAUCAAUUCCAAAAUCAACAAAUAUAAUCUCUGCUUCGAAAAAAUAA